UAUUUUCAAGCUGUGUCGCUCGUGCUCGAUCCCGUCUGAGUUUCGUUCGUGUGAUUGUAUCUUCGGUGUUGGUGACGUAUUUCUAAUCCCUUGUUUGCUACUGUCUUUUCAUUUAACGACGAGCAACAGUGACCAAGGCUGUCAGAUGUGUCAUGCGACAUGGUGUCGCGUUUGCGCCUCAUCACCUUCGAUGCCACGAACACGCUCUUGCGGUACAAAGAAUCGGUCGGACAAACGUAUUCUAGGGUCGCUCAACUCUACGGAGUACCAGCGGAUCCGCAUCACGUACACCACAAGUUCAGGAUUGAGUUCAAGCGCAUGAUGGUUCAGCAUCCCAACUUCGGCAGUGACAGUGGUAUGACGUCGCAGGAAUGGUGGUCUGAGCUUGUUAGCCGAACGCUCUCCGGCUCAGGCUCCAUCAGCAAGCCCCUUAUGACAUCCAUCGCCAGUCACCUUUAUGAAUUGUACAGGACACCUGAAUGCUGGACGGCGAACAUAGGCACGAUUGAAACUCUUCAGGGUCUCAAACAGUCCGGUCGCAAGCUUGGCGUCAUCUCGAACACCGACGAGCGGUUGGACAGCAUUCUGACUGGUCUUCGGCUGCGGCAAUACUUUGAUUUUGUAAUUGCAUCGGCUGUGGUUAAGGUCCAGAAGCCUUCUAAGGACAUUUUCUCUUUGGCUUUAAUUUGUGCAAGCAGCGAUGAGUGCCUAAAGCCUGAUGACGCUCUGCACGUGGGUGAUAACGUCGAGCUUGACUACCUAGCUGCAAAAAGUGCUGGAUGGAAUGCCCUAUUGCUUGUGAAUGAUGAAUCGCAUAAACACCGAGCACUGUCAACAGGCCUUGUAAAUCCCGGCGAUGUGAUCCAGCAGCUAGAAGAUAUUGUCAAGGUGGUCGACACGAAGGAGUCGCACUGUGCCACAUAGUCAGUUUUUCUGGCUCGGAAACAUUUGUGCUCAGAGCAUGCGAUCCUGGGGUACAGUGUGGACUACUAGAGACACCGGUCAGUGCUAGACAGUGAGCGAACGCCGGCCGUAAAGAGAUCUGGUUUUGAAACUCGUUUGCAUGAUCGCAUGGUGCUGCCUUCUAGCAAACACGAGUUUCCGUCGCGUCGUUUUUGUUUUCUUUUUCGUAUGCUGGUACAUAGUGAUAGCAGAUGUACUAUGUUUAUAAAAUAUAUAUUUUUAGUCCAUUAUU